AUGAGCUUUGCGGGCUCCACACUCCAGCCCAAUAGUCUCCGCAGCGCUGCUCAACUCGCCAGCACGUCGCCGACGCCCACGGACUCAGGGCCCCCCCGGAUGCUCCGGCGCGGGCUUGCCCAUCUGGGUGCAGCCCUCACAGACAGCACCCCGCAACUCUCCCUGCUGCAGCGACUGGCCAGUCCCUACCGCAAAUCAUUUCCUGGGAUGUGGACAACUCCUCUUGUCGUCUCCUACAGCGAAACCCCAUUACCCCGCUCCCUCAGGCCUAGCAGGUCCUCCGCCGGUUCCCUGACUCAAGCGUACGGCAGCGCAAGGCCCAGAUCGCAGCUGCCGCCCGAGCCCAUCGACAGGGCUCUGGUGAACAACAUACGCAAUGCGGAGGAGGCAAAGCGGCUGAGAAAGAGCUACGGGUCCAUCACCUCAGCGCAGCUCCACCGAGCCCGACAGGCGGCACUGGGCCAGCUGCCACCACCCCGGGACGGGGAAGGUUUGCCAGGACCGGAUCAAGGAGCAGCAACAGCAGCAGCAGCAGCGGGAUCGCAAGCUGCGGGAGCUGGUGGCGUGCAAGGUUGCAUGCUGGGACAACGGCUCCUGCAGCCGUACCGACAGCCGUACCCGGUGCACGAGCAGCAACAACCCAUCCACUACCAUCCUCAGCAGCAGCAAAUAUCGAACGCGAGCUCGCCUGCGGCAAUCUUUAGCCAGGCUCUGGAAGACAACCAUCACGUGCAACACCUUGACGAGUUGCAGCAACAGCAGCUACAGCAGCUACAGCAGCAACAGCAGCAAGUGGAGGCGGAAGAGCUGUCUGAGGUUCUGUCGUCCGUGUUGUGGGAUGGACACGUGCGCACUCCCGAGCAGACCUCCUGGUCGGAGGUGUCCACGUCAGGCGGGGGAACCGGAGGCGGCGCCGCCGCCGCCGCCGCUGCCGUACGCGGAUUGCUAGGCAGCCGCCGCCAUAGAGCCGGCACCGUUGUGGAUGCGGUGGCAGUAGCUCGCCGGAAGUAUGAACCGCCGCCGGCGUCAUCGCGGGGAAGGAACGGCGAGGCGGUGGGCGCCGCCGCGGCAGCGGCGAUGAUACCAAAGGGCGUGUACGACAAGGUCAGCGGCGGUAGCGCGCCCAGCGUGUUAGGGGGAACGGCUGCUGGCGGCGGUGUCGCUGGCGUGGGCGAGGGCGAGGUCGGCGGAGACGCACCAUUGGCGGAUCUAAUUACAUCUCCACAGCAGCAGCAUCAGCUGCUACAGCUGCUACAGCUCCAACAGCUCCAACAGCUCCAACAGCUCCAACAACAACAGCAACAUCUUGGCAACGGACUUGUGCUGGCAGGUGAACAGGAAGGGCUGCAGCUGGAGCAGCAGCAGCAGCAGCUAUCUGAAUCGCCGCCGAAGACUAAGAAGAAGCGAGUGAAAAAGCUUCGCACUACAGAACAGACCGCUGAGACGGCGGUGGCGGGGGGCCCGGCGGCGACGGCAGUUAUCGCCGAAACGGACGCCGGCGACAGCGCCGCCGCCACCACCGCUAAACGAACGCGGCGCAAGAAGCCAGCCGCGGGAGUUGCCGAAACUAGUACGGCCACCCUGACAACUGCCGUACAGAAGAAGUCGCCGCUGCCGCCGCCGCCGCUGCCGCCACCGCCGACGGAGGAAGAGUUGAAGCCGUACCUUCAAAAGGGCCUCCAGGCGCUGUGGCCGCCAGUGCCCGUGCCCGGGUACGACGGUUACUUUGAGGCUUGCGAGGGAUAUUGUACGAAGCAACCUCUGAUGCGCGACGAGCCGGCGGACGUGCUCAUCGUGAACACACCUGAGGUGGCUCGUGCCGUGGUUGCCAAGCUGAUGGCGGUGGCAGGCAGCCCGUAUCCCAACAACCGCACCUAUCCGCCGGUGCCCUGCCGCUACUUCGGAUGCGAUACGGAGGUCGCCUUCAUCGACGUAUCCUCCGAAACCCCAAUCGGACACGGUGCCGUACUGUGCUUCAGCAUUUACGGCGGUGACGAUCUGGACUUUUCCGAAUGCGAGCGCGGUGUCACCGCUGUCGCCGCCACCACAGCCGCUACCUCCAUAACGACCCUCGGGUCAGCUAGCUUCGGUGCGACGACCCACGGGUCGAUGGCUGCACUCGGCAGCGGCGACGCCGGCUCGGCCGCCGGUGGCCCUGUUCGCAAGGACCGCAUCUGGGUUGACAUUUGGAGCGAGGUGGAGCUGGACGAGGAGGGAAGACCCAUCAUGGAUGGCAGAUAUGUUCGCCUGAAGCCGCACCACCCCAUCCUGGAUGAAUUCAAGCGGUUCUUCGAAGAUGAAUCAGUCAAAAAGGUCUGGCACAACUAUGGCUUCGACCGCCACGUUUUAGAGAACAUGGGUAUCUGUUGCGCCGGUUUCGGAGGCGACACCUUGCACAUGGCCCGACUUGCGGACGCUUCCCGAUCCGGCAGACGUACGUACGGCCUGGACAACCUCACGGCCGACCAUAACAUUAUGCGGCAUUUCGUACCCCAUCGGGCGGAGAAGCCGCCGAGGGUUCUGACGGGCGGUGUACGACGGGCGGCGAGGAUGAGUGGCGGCGGCGAUACCGCCGCUGCUGCUGCUGCGGCGGCGGCGGCGGCGGAGGCGGCGGCACCUGGGGGCACCAGCCCUGGCGACAAGCGGGCCGCGGAGGUCGCUAAGCUUGUACGGGCCAAGAUGAGCAUGAAGGACCGGUUCGGGCUGCUCAAGCUGCGUGGCGGUGUGCCGGGUAAGGUUCCGGAGCUCCCCGCCAUGCAGCAGCUGCACUCCCUGGAGCUGUUCCGCCCCACGUGGAUUGAUUACUCGGCGCUGGACGCCAAGGCAACUUGGCAGCUCCGGGAGGCGCUGGAGGGACUGUUGCGGCUGGAGGCGUGGGAGAUGGAGCCCGCCCUGGCCAGACAGCUAGGGGCCCACCUAGCGGAGGCCCAGCGGCAGGCGGAGGCGGACAAGGAGGCGGCCAUGCGUGAGUUCCUAGAGUGGGCGGAUAGCAAGGUGCCGGGGGCGAGGUGCAUGAAUGCACACAGCGGGUCGCAGAUCAGGAUGCUCCUCUUCCCCGACCACCCGGGACUCGCGAGUAAGGCGGCGGUGGCGGCGGCAGCGGCGGCAAAGGCGGCGGCGGCCAGGGAGGCGCGCAAGGCUGGAAGCAGCAGUAGCGACAGCAGCAGCAGCAUGGCGGCGGGGACAGACGUGGGCGAGAGUGUUGGCGAUGGAGGAGGAGGUGCUGGUGAUGCUGGUGGUGCUGGUGGUGCUGGUGGUGCUGCUUCGAGCCAGGCCGGGUUGAUAGCGCCAUGUAGCGUCUUAAGGGCUGCCAGGGUCGCUGACCUGUCCCGCGUGGGUGCUGGGGUUGAUGGGUCGAGGUCCAGUCGCUACAAGGACUUGCUGCUUCAUGGUAUUUGGGGUCCGGGGGUUCGGGGCAGGCUGGAGCCGGAGCUGCUUACAGCCACCAACGCGGCGGCGGUCAGCAUCAGGGUGCUCAGGGGACUAGCUGGCAAACCCGGUGCCGCUCGGAAGGAGCUGGCCAAGCUGCUGGAGGCGCGGGCAGCGGAGGCGCGGGCGGCAGAGGCGGAGGCGGCGGAGGCGGAGGCGGCCCAGGCGGCGGAGGCGGCUGCCCGUGUGCCCAUUGUGAACGACCUGCUGGAUGAGGCUCUUGCUGAGAUGGUGGUGGGUGGGGGAACGGAAGAUAACGGUGACAGCAACGGUAACGGUAACGGAAAUUCCAACGGCGGUUUGGAGGAAGACGAGGAGGUGUACCCUGUGGAGGUGGAGGCAGCGGCGGGCGCCUCCUCCCCCUCCUCCUCCUCCUCCCCCUCCUCCUCCUCCGAAACCAGCCCUGCUGCCGCUGACUCGGUGGCUAGUGUCCCCGUGGGCCCUGUGCCUGUUGUGGAGGACGCCGCGCUGCUGGAGGUCCUGGAGAAGGAGGCCAAGGCCAAGGGCCUGGGUCGCCUGUACGCGGCGUGUGGCGGCGGGGAGGAGGGACUUAGGGCGUGUAUUGCCGUAGAGGCGCUGUGCGAGAUCAACGCCAUCGAGAAGUUGUUGAGCGCCUUUAUCAUUCCGUUACAGAGCGACGCCACCUCCACCACCACCGUGCUCCCCAACCCCCCGGGACGGGACACCCCGUCUCGUGCGGUGCACCGAGUCCACUGCUCCCUCAACAUCAACACGGAGACAGGCCGCCUGUCGGCACGAAGGCACGUAUGCUGUGAAAUGCGUCUGCACAUUUCAGCGGUCGUGCCCAACCUGCAGAACCAGCCCGCCCUGGAGAAGGACCGCUACAAGGUCCGCCGCGCCUUCACCGCCGACACCGAGGGCGGCAACACGCUGGUGGUGGCGGACUACGGGCAACUGGAGCUCAGGAUCCUGGCGCACAUGACCAACUGCCAGUAA